AUGUCUUCCCACGACCCUUCGCGCUUCGACGACUCGGAGGAUGAGGAGGAUUUCAAUCCCGCGCCGGCCGACCUUUCUGACGAGGAGCAAGAUGGUGAUGAUCAACAGUCGAGAUCGCGAGCUCGUGACAGUAGCCCUGCGCAUCGCGACGAUGACGAUGAUGAGGAUGAGCGACCUGCCAGAUCGCGACAUGUCGACGACGAUGAAGAGGAAGAGGAAGAAGAAGAUGACGGUGGAAGACGCCGCGAUGAUGAUGAUGACGAGGAUGAGGAGGAGGAGGAAGAUGACGAAGACGAGGAUGUCCAGCAGGGGCAUCGUCGGAAGCGCCGCAAGGAGAGAGGCGCCAAUUUCUUCGAUAUCGAAGCCGAAGUCGACGACGAGGAUGAAGGAGAGGAUGACGAAGUCCUUGGCGAGGAGAUAGGAGACUUUAUCGCCAACGAGCAUCCCGACGACAUGCCUGGGUCUGGUGGAAUUAAUGACGACCGACGACAUCGCGAGCUCGAUCGACGCCGAGAUAUGGAAUCGAGCAUGGAUGCUGAGAAGCAGGCAGAAAUCCUGCGACAGCGAUACGGCAACCGACGCUCAGGCAAGGGCUUCCGAGACGCUACCAUCGUCCCGAAACGACUCCUCCUCCCCAGUGUUGAUGACCCCAGCAUCUGGGCCGUCCGAUGUAAGGAAGGCAAAGAACGAGAGGUUGUCUUUUCCAUCAUGAAGCGCAUUGAGGAGCGAGCUGGUACCAAGGAUGAGCUCGCCAUCACUGCUGCUUUUGAGCGUGGUGGCACUGAAUCGGUAAUGAAGGGCUUCAUCUACGUCGAGGCGCUACGCCAGACCGACAUCAUGAGAGCGCUGGACAGUAUGCUUAAUGUGUAUCCCCACUCCAAGAUGGUUCUGGUCGAGAUCAAGGAUAUGCCUGAGCUCUUCCGGGUUCAAAAGACUCCUACUCUGGCUCCUGGCGCUUGGGUUCGUCUCAAGAGGCCUAUGAAGCACAGCGGAGAUCUGGCGCAAGUCAUCGACGUUACUGAGAAUGGUCUGGAGGCUCGUGUUCGCUUCAUUCCAAGACUGGACUAUGGUAUGCGUGACGACGCCUUUGCAGGAGUUACUGCGGACGGCAAACGUAAGCGACCCUUUGGCGCCAGCGCAGGUCCUCGACCGCCGCAGAGACUAUUCAGCGAGAUCGAGGCUCGAAAGAGACACCCGCGACACAUCCAGGGAAACCCCACCACCAACACUUGGCAAUACAUGGGUGAUGAAUUCGAGAAUGGCUUCCAAGUCAAGGAUAUCAAGAUUCAGCAGCUUACCGUGGCUGGAGUCGAGCCAUCUCUUGAGGAAGUGACACGAUUCGCCUCCAACGCCGAGGAUGGUACUGAGAACCUGGACCUGAAGGCCCUGGCAGCCAGCUUGAAGGAUAGUGGAGCUCGAGCUACAUACCUGCCUGGCGACAUCGUUGAGGUUUACACUGGUGAACAGAAGGGUGUGGUGGGUAAGGCGAUGAGAGUUCAGACUGAUGUCGUGUCCAUCACGGUUACCGAGGGUGACCUCGUGGGCCAGGAGAUUGAUGUUCCCAUCAGGGCUCUGCGCAAGCGUUUCAGAGUCGGUGACCAUGUCAAGGUCAUUGGUGGUAGCAAGUUCCGAGAUGAGGUCGGAAUGGUUGUCAAGAUCCAGGACGACCGGGUGACUCUCCUGUCGGAUCAGACCAACGCUGAAAUCACCGUCUUCAGCAAGGAUCUUCGCGAAGCCAGUGAUAUUGGUGGACAAGGUUCUCUCGGCCAGUACUCUCUUCACGACCUUGUUCAGCUGGAUCCCACCACUGUGGGUUGUGUUGUCAAGGUCGACCGUGAGUCGCUCGUUGUUCUCGACCAGUUUGGAGACACUCGCCAGGUGAUGCCAUCGCAAAUCGCCAACAAGCUUCCGAAGCGAAAGAACGCCGUGGCUGCCGACCGAAAUGGUUCGGAGAUUCGAUUCGAGGAUGUCGUCAAGGAGUACACGGGUCAACAGCGCCAGGGCAAGAUCAUCCAUAUCCAUCGCUCGUAUGUGUUCUUGCACACCAACGAUAGCAAGGAGAACGCGGGUGUCUUUGUCACCAAGGCUAGCAUGGUUAACACCAUUGCGGCCAAGGGUGGCCGAGUCAGUGGCGGCUCAUCAGGACCAGACUUGAACGCUAUGAACCCAGCGCUCAAGCUCCACAAGAACGGCAAUGAGAAUAAGCCCGUUCAGCCUGCCAAAUCCUUUGGCCGCGACAAGGCGAUUGACCAGACUGUUAUUAUCAAGAAGGGCGCCUACAAGGGUCUACUGGGUAUUGUCAAGGACACGACAGACACACAUGCUCGUGUCGAGCUGCAUACGAAGAGCAAGACGAUCACAGUUCCUAAAGACUGCCUGAGCUUCAAGAACAAGACUACAGGAGCUACAAUUGAGAUCGGUGGCCGAGGCCGUGGAGGCUACUCAGGAGGUGCUGGACGAGGUGGUGACAGAGUGCCAGGAUGGCAGGGAGGUUCUCGCACGCCCAUGGCCUCUGGUGGCUCGGAUCGGGUGCCUGCCUGGGGAUCACGAACACCCGCAGCAGGUGGCCGAACACCGGCCUGGAAGGCUCACGACAUGUCCGGAGCGCGCACACCCGCUUGGGCCGAUGGCUCUCGAACGGUCAACCCCUAUGAUGGGAACCGAACUGCCUACGGCUCUGGCUCGCGCACACCUGCCUGGCAGGCUGGAGGCAGAACUCCUGCUCCCGGAGAUGCCUUUGGUGCUGGAUCACGCACUCCGGCUUACGGUGGAGGAGACAGCUGGGGAUCAGGUUCCAAGACUCCUGCUUGGGGAGUGUCGGCACCAACUCCAGGAGCCAGUGGCAACGACUCGUGGGGCUACACACCUGGUGCAUCUGGCUCAAGCUACGAUGCUCCUACACCUGGAGCAGCUCUCGGGGCACCAACUCCUGGUGCAAUGAACGCUCCUACGCCAGGCGCCUACUCGGCUCCCACACCUGCAGUCAACGCACCUACUCCUGGAGGCUGGCAGGGCGGGUGGGGAGCAGACUCGGCCCCAACUCCCGCAGCUGGAGCUCCCACGCCGGCUGCAAGUGGCUACUACGGCGCUCCUACGCCUGCAGCCUAUGGAGCACCAGAGACUCCCGCAGCUUCUGGUCCUCGAUACACAGAUGAUGACUGA